AUGCCGCGCGCUCGUCGAGCGGGUCGGCUGGUCGGCUCCUCUGGAGACGGACUGAUCGUGACCUCACGUGUUUUCUUGGAGAGAGGGAACCGUGGCGGGCAAGAUCGGCGCGAAUUCGACGCCAGCGAGGCUUGUGCAGUACAGAGCCGCCUCGCCCGCUCGUUGGCUCCCCUCGUUGCGACGCCCUGGGGCUCCACGGCCUCUGGUUCCACCUGGCGCGUGUCGCCGGUGCGGAAAAUGGAGAGGCGCUGCUGGCUCUCCUCGACUGCAUGCAGAGGUGCACGCAAGAGUGGCUGUUUGUCGGAGCGACCUUUGGUGUAA